UGUACGUAAAGCGCGAGGCUAUCGGCUCGUUGUAGAUUAUUUUUCAUUCGGUUUCACGAUACUUUAUGGUGCCGACUUCACAAUGGUGAAUGUUUCCGGAACAUGAACGGCGCGAGUCUGGUAAAUUUAACUUUGCGGAUACACGCCGAGGACGUAGGGGAGUCCGUGCCAGGGACUUUGCCGCAGUAUGCCGAUUGAUCUGAUCGAUAUCGAUUGAUUUUCAAUUGAUAAGGAAUGCCACACCGGGGAAUGUAAUCUAUUGGGCAGUACAGAGGAGGGUGCUUUAAUUUUAUAUGAAAUGAAAGUAGGAAAGCUCCAUAUGAAGAAUACCUGUAUUCCAUAUAAAGCAAUUGGGAAUACGAAAGAAUCCACGCUAAAAUAUCGAAGUAUAUUUCAUAGCGGUUCGCUGAAUUGAAAAUUAUUCAUCUCAACUUAACGGGAGAUUCUAUUACCUGCGUGCUGCUGGCAUGUCGAUGUAAAACCUGUUGCGAACGUUUCUUCGCGAAUCGAAAGGAACACUCAAACGAAUCGACUAAUGAGGGCCGAUUACUGGAAAUCUCAGGGACGUAAGUUCUGCGACUUCUGCAAGUGCUGGAUUGCCGAUAACAAGCCAAGUAUUGAAUUCCAUGAAGGAGGAAAGAAACACAAGGAGAAUGUCAGUAGACGGUUACGUGAGAUUCACAAGAAUAGCGCUAAGCAAGCCAAGCAAAACAAAAAAUUCGAGGAUGAUCUCAAGAAGAUGGAAAACGCGGCAAUGGCGGCGUAUCUCAAGGACGUCGAGAACAAUACCAGAGACAUGACAGCGGAUAAAAUAAUAAAAGAGAAAUUAACUAAAAGCAAAGUACCCGAGCCCGUAGAAAACGUUAAUCGGCCGCCACCCGCAGCGCCGGAAACACAUCCGAGGUUUAAGGGCAAGAACCAUAGAAACUUCCCACAGGAGAUUGAUCCCUGUGAUCCUGCACCGCAACCACGACCAGCGCCACAACCUAGAGUGAGUACGUUUUCUGGUGGAGUAGGAGGCGAGAACAAGGCCCAGGGGAAGUCUAAAUCGGGUAAAGGUAAAGGCAAGGGUAAGAAGAUCCAGGAGAAUGAUCGCCCCAAUAAACUAGAAACUCGAAAACUCUGGUACGAAGCUCUGAGUCCUGAAGGUUACACCUACUAUUGGCAUAUAGAGACAAAUGAAUCGGCGUGGGAUCCUCCGGCAGAGGGUUUCAUGACUUUUGCAGAGCAGGAAGAGGAGGCAAAAGAACAGGCAAUUCAGGAGGAAUUGUUAGAACAGUUAGAGCAGGAGGAAGCCGUUCAGAAGGCUGAUAUUAUCGAGGAACAAAGAGCUAAUGCUGAGCGAGAAAAACUGAAAGAAUUGAGAAAGAAACGAGUCCAGAAAAAGGAAGAUGGUGAACACGAAGUCGAGGUCGAGGACGAUGAAAAGCCCACUUAUAGGAGGGAUUACAGUGUCCCAGAAAAACCGGAUCCUUACGGCGCCUGGAAAACCGUCCAAGUCAUCGAGAGAAAACCAGUUGAUCUUCAGUUGCCUAAACCCACGGGGGCUACCAUUAGUGUUCCAACACUACACAGCGAACCGAUUAUGCCUACGAGGAGUUUCAAAGAAAAAACAAUUUCUCAUAUUUCCAGCGGAAAUAGUGACGACGAGGGAGCACCCACUAUGUUUAAAAAACGAAAAAUUGGAAAUAAGAACGUACGGAGGAGGAUGGACGACGAUUGAUCAAAAUAAAUAUUUUCACAAUCAAUUACUGAAUAGAUUUAUACAAAGGAUGCAUUUAAAUGAACGUAAUCGUAUUUAAAGUACAAUAUAUAUUUUUUUAUUACAAAUAAUUACAGACGAACAAUAAAUAGAAUCUUUAACAAUUA